UUUAAUGAAUAGAAGCAAAGCUAUAGCGAAGGCAAGAAAUAAGGUAUAAUACAAGCACUGAUUGUCGACUCCCAGACUAAACUUGUUUUCGGCUACAAAUUUUUAGAAUCUGGUAAGAGUAACGUAUCUUAGCUCCAACGACGAAUUGAUAGCUGAACUUCUGUACUAGUCAAGUGGUUUCCCUUCGAAAGCUCUGUUCAUUAUGGCUUCAGCAGGCGAUAUAGCUCUCAAGUUUGUCUUCUUUGUCAUCGCGCUGAUAGGCAUAGCUGGCAACAUCCUGGUCUGCCUAGUGGUUCUCCUCAACAAAUCCAUGAGGACACCCAUGAACUACCUUCUCGUUAACCUAGCCAUCUCUGACAUGAUGUUCUUAAUGUUUCUGAGCCCGCAGUUUGCUUUUGAGGGCAUCUUUGACGACCAUACCAAGGCAUCGGGCGAUUUAUUUUGCAAGUUUAUGACUGUUCUGGCCUGGACCUCGGGAUAUACAUCAGCUUUCAUCCUCAUCGCCAUCGCAUUCGAACGAUACCUAGCGAUCACUCGUCCACACGACCUGCACAUGCGCAUCACACUACGAAGCCUUCGAUUCAUCGUCAUAUUUUGUCUAUUCCUUGGACUCUCGUGGAACGCCAUUGGAUUCUUUAUCAAAGUAUAUGACGUACAGCAAGAAGAAUGCACGGGUGUGUGGCCACAGGUCUAUUCUAAACAGGUCUACAAAACGUUAAGUUUUCUAGUUGUCUGUUGCAUUCCAGUAGUGAUCAUGUUUCUGCUAUACUCCAAGGUCGUCUAUGCUCUGUGGUUCAAAGCGCAACAUUCGGUCAGCGGUUUCUCCCAACUGUCUGUCAUUAAAAGUCGAAAGAAAGUUACUAAGAUUUUAUUGACUGUGAGCAUUCUGUACACGCUCUGCUGGGUUCCACAGUCCUUUCUGUACAUGAUAAGGUCCUAUGUGCGAUCUCUGAGGGAUACCCCUGCUUAUCCUGUCUCGGUAGCUUUGUUAACCGUCAACUCGGCAGCAAAUCCUUUCAUCUAUUGUUUGCAUAGCAGUCGCUUUCGUAUGCACCUUAAAAACUUGAUAAGGUUUGACUCUAGAGAGCUGUGCAUGUGCUUACGCAUGCGCAGAAGGAGAACUCAGCCCAUCACUAUAGAUCACGAACCGCAGCCCUCUCUCAGCCGCGGUGAAACUGAGAUUUGAACCUUCAGUGACUUCAGUUCAUUCGAGAAGCCUGAAAAGGAUUUUGUGACCGCGCGGAGAAUGGUGAUGAAAUUGUUUAAAGUACGAGGAAGCAUUCGCAGUUUGGAGAAAGAAUGACUUGCUGAAAAUAACAAUCAAUCAUAAUCAUUAAUGUUCUCCUUUCAAACUAACACAUGUCAUUCCCUUGAGUAUUGUUUUUUUUUAUCGCUAACUUUGGAGGAGAAACGAAGCUUAAGCCACAACACUGUGUAUUAUUCCCCAACACAGAUUGAAACGAUUGCAUAUAGUUGAAAUCAAGAAAAUAUGAACGAAGAGAAGGAAUAGCCUUGUAACCAUCAUGUGCACAGUUUGAUGCCAUUUUUAGCUUGGAGAUAUUUUGAGCGAAGAACCUGAUUGGUUGAUUUCUUGAGGGUAGGCGGCUUCCAGUCUUUCAGUAAACAAAGCCUGUGUUUUUCUCGGGGACGUAGCGAAAUAUGGCGCUUUUCGUGUUCUAAAACGAGGCAAUAAAGACAAGCAUGAUUAUCGCGCGGGCAUGGUAACGAGUUAAAAAUACCAUCAAUGAUUCCAAAACUAGCAUCAAAGUGCGCACAUGAUGGGGCACACGGGGAUUUUUUCUCUUAGGUCAUUUUCUCUUGUGUUGAAAUAUAAAUAGUAAAGGUCUGUUUCAGGAAAAAAGCCCGUCUACAUUCGCUGCACAAAAUAAACUUGCGAUAAUAAAACUGA